AUGGAGCUCCUGCCUGUGAGCUUAAUAAGGUCAAUUUGGUUAUUUCUCCUCAGCGCCAUCCUUCUCUCUUCCACAGACGUUCCAUGCUUAUUCGGAUCUGCUGCAAACUUCUCCAACGAAACGGAUCGCCUUUCUUUACUCCGCUUCAAAGAUCUGAUAACCGACGAUCCUCUCAAUUCCUUGAGCUCAUGGAACGAUACUCUCCACUUCUGCUACUGGCAAGGAGUCACAUGCAGUGGUCGCCGGCAUCCUCAAAGGGUCACCGCCUUGAACCUCACCGGCCAGAACUUGGUGGGUCGCAUCUCUCCCUUCAUAGGGAACCUCUCCUUCCUCAGGAUAAUCAAUCUCUCAUCCAACAGCUUCUACGGAACGAUUCCUGAAGAGAUUGGCCGUUUGUUUGGCAUGCGGUAUCUCAUUCUGGCCGAUAACACAUUCACCGGAGAAAUUCCAGCAAAUCUGACCCACUGUUCGGAACUCCAAGUCCUUUAUCUUUACAGGAAUGUGCUCGCAGGGAGGAUUCCAACUGAGCUUGGCUCUCUAUUCAAGCUCACCAGGUUGCACCUUGGUGACAACAAUCUUACAGGAAGCAUCCCACCUUCACUUGGAAACCUUUCCUCUCUCACUUUCCUUUCUCUCUCAGUAAAUUCGUUGGAGGGCAGCAUCCCAGACUCCUUCAUUCGGUUGGUGAGGUUAAGCUCGUUUGCCUUAAGUCAAAAUGCACUGUCGGGUACGAUUCCACCUCAGCUAUACAAUAUCUCUACUAUUAAAGCUCUGGACGUGCGAGAGAACAGAUUGUAUGGAAAUCUUCCACCAUACUUAGGCCUCACUCUUCCUAUUCUCCAAAUACUUCUCGUCGGAGCAAACCAAUUCACAGGACCUAUACCAGUUUCAUUAUCCAAUUCCUCGGGUCUUCUACUCAUUGACCUUGGUUACAAUAGUUUUACUGGAUCUGUGCCUCUGAAUUUUGGAAGCCUCAAGGAUCUCAGAAGGUUAAUCUUGGGAAGCAAUCAACUUGGAAUUGGGAAAGCUCAUGACUUGAGUUUUCUCGAUUCUUUGACCAAUUGCAGUAGCUUACAAAUUCUAGCCGUGGGCAGUAAUCGUCUCAACGGUGCAUUGCCCGACUCCAUAUCUAAUCUUUCGACCCAGCUGUUUUUCCUAUCUUUAGGAGGUAACAGUAUAUUUGGAAGCAUCCCAUCUGGGAUUCAGAAUCUUGUCGGCUUAACACUAUUGGAUAUGGGGUCUAACUUUCUAAGAGGUCCUAUUCCUAAUGGUGUUGGGAAGCUUAACAGGAUUGGACGACUUGACUUUGGUGGAAAUGAUUUGUCAGGGACAAUUCCAUCUUCCUUGGGUAAUAUCACCCAAUUGUUUCUACUCAGUUUGUUUGGAAACAAUCUAUGGGGGAACGUACCUUCAAGUAUUGGAAAUUGUAGAACCUUGCAGUUUCUAUACCUCCAAAAUAAUAACUUAAGCGGUCCCUUAGCUGCACAACUUUUCAGCGUUCCCUCUUUGAUUUAUCUUAAUCUAAGCGAUAACUCUUUUAUUGGUUAUCUACCAUUGGAAGUCGGUAACUUGAAAGUUCUUGGAAGAUUCGAUGUUUCUCGGAACAAAUUGUCAGGCGAAAUUCCAAGCUCCCUAGGCAAUUGUCUCAGUCUAGAGUAUGUCAGGUUGGAUGGGAACUUCUUUCAAGGAACAAUUCCUACAGCAUUUAUUACUCUAAGAGGCCUUCAAUCCCUGGAUCUUUCACAUAACAACUUGUCUGGGGAGAUUCCAGAAUACCUGGGGAAGCUUCUUGUUCUGCAGUAUUUAAAUCUGUCUUUCAAUAAUUUUGAGGGUGAAUUACCAAAACAAGGGGUCUUUGGAAAUGCUAGUGAAGUUUCAGUGCUCGGAAAUAGUAAGCUUUGUGGGGGUAUUCAAGAAUUACAGUUGCCUCCAUGUUCUAGCCAAGCUUCCAAGAAACGGGGGAAGUCUCUUGCUUCAAAACUAAAAUUCCCAAUAAUUGGUGCUGUACUGUGUCUUCUUUCAUUAUCAUCUUUCUUUACCACUCUUUAUUGGGUAAGAAAGGUGAGAAGGAAAAAUUCUGUGGAGGAUGGGUCGAGAAGAAAACCUUCUGCUGUGCCUUCUGUGGAGGAUGGGUCUACAAGAAAUCCUUUUGCUAUGCUUUCUGCAGAGAAAAAAUCGACAAGGAAACCUUUUGUUUUGCCUUUUGUGGAGAUCAAGUUCAAAAGGAAAUCUUUAUCCGUGCCUUCUGCUGUGGAUCAUUUUGUUAUGAACUUAACUUAUGCGGAGCUCCUUAAAGCAACAGAUGGGUUCUCUUCUGCCAAUUUGAUUGGUACAGGGAGAACUGGUGCUGUAUAUAAAGGGUUUCUAGAUCGCUACGAGCCUAUAGUAGCAGUGAAAGUCUUUAAUCUUCAGCGUCAAGGAUCUAUGAGCGGUUUCAUGGCCGAAUGCGAAACCUUGAGAAAUAUUAGGCAUCGGAAUAUUGUUAGGAUCUUUACUUGUUGCUCAAGCAUUGAUUUCAAGGGCAAUGAUUUCAAAGCUUUAAUUUACGAGUAUAUGCCUCAUGGAAGUCUAGACAAGUGGUUGCACAGAGAUGGGCAUGAACAGGUUUGGAGAAACUUGAAUUUUACUGAAAGGCUAAACAUAGCUAUAGAUGUGGCUUCUGCUUUAGUUUAUCUACGACGAAGGUCAAUCAUUCAUCGAGAUAUAACACCGAGCAACAUUCUUCUUGACGGUGCCAUGAUUGCUCGUGUGGGUGAUUUUGGGCUUGCCAAGUUCUUAUCUGAGGUUGCCCAAACAAGGACGGUUGUGAUGAUGGGUUCUGUUGGGUACAUCGCCCCAGAGUAUGCAAUGGGCGGUAAACCAUCUACACAAGGAGAUGUUUACAGCUAUGGAAUCCUUCUAUUGGAGAUGAUCACUGGAAAGGGGCCAACUGAUGAAAUGUUUAAGGACGAUCUUACGCUUCAUCAUUUUGCCAAAUUGGCUUUGCCGGAACGAGUAAUGGAGAUUGUUGAUCCACGACUGCUCGAAGGAGAAGAAAAAGUUACUCAAGGCAGCAGAAAUCAUAUCAAUACAAGAAAUAGAAUAGGUGACUGCUUGAUUUUAAUGGUCGGAAUCGGUGUUACUUGUUCUGCAGAAUCUCCAAAAGAACGAAUGGAUAUUAAAGAUGUUCUCAGGGAAUUGCACGCAAUCAAGGAAUUAUAUCUCGGGGAUGCGAUUCACCGAGACAGACAAAUUUGGUCAGAACAAUUAGUUGAAGAUCCAUCUCAGGUGAAUCAGCUUGGAGAUUCAAAAUAA